AUGACGAACGGGGACAAAAUAUCCAUCAACGCGCCAUCCCUUGGCGCGAAUAUUGUCGGAUCAUUAGAUCAAGAGAACGAUAUUGCUCUGUUCCGAGGCAUUCCAUUCGCGACCGUGAGCAAGCGCUGGGCUCACAGCGAGACAUUGCACUCCCUCGACAAUGACUUUGACGCGACGAAACUUGGAUACCGAUGUAGCCAACUGAACGGCAUGGUACUGGUGUCUGGAGGAACCAAUGAUCCCCUACCCGGAGAUGAUGAGUUUAAGUGUCUGAAUCUGAAUGUUGCCGUACCAAGAGAAGAUUUGGGCUCGAAUUCUAAGCCGUUGCCAGUCAUGGUCUGGAUUCACGGUGGUGGCUUUGCUUUCGGUGCGAAUUCGGUCGCUCGGUAUCGUCCACAGGCACUCGUCUCGCACGCACGCAAGUGUGGCACCCCGAUCAUCCUUGUUUCAAUAAAUUAUCGACUCGGUGCUUUGGGCUUCUCGGCUUCCGAAGACUUGGCCGAAGAGGUCAAUGGCGGCUCCAGAACUCACCCCGUUGGCAACUACGGAUUCGUCGAUCAACGCAACGGUCUUGAAUGGGUGAACAAGCAUAUUCAAGACUUUGGUGGAGAUCCCUCCAAUAUUACCGUCUUUGGUGUUAGCGCUGGGAGUGUCAGUAUUCACUUGCAUCUCCUUGCUGAGCACGCUCUGUUCGAUCGUGCUAUCAUGAUGUCGGGCUCAGCCCCUGUUUUGAGUCCCAAGGAGCCGGAGGUUUAUCAAAGAGACUGGAACCGUCUGUGUGAGAACACGGGAGUUAAAGCCUCAACUGCAGCUGAAAGAUUAGAACAGCUCCGGUCGCUGAGUGUCGAUGAGAUUAUGAAAAAGGCAACCCCUGCUGCCAUGGGCCCCGUUGCGGACGGCAAGCUGCUCAAGUCGGGAUGGACCUACGAUGAAAAUGUUUCCAACAAGCGAUGCAAAGAAAUUAUCUUGGGAGACACCAAUGUCGAAGCUAUCAUCUUUGAUGGUCUACUCAAGCGUCUGUCUCAAGAUCGCUUCCAUGAAGUGGUUAACGAGGCUUUCUCAGCUGAAAAUUCCCAGCAACUAUACUUCAAAUUCGGUUUCAGCCGUGAGCCACAAUCCGAGGAGGAGUUCCGCAAAGCAUUCAGGCUUCUUAUUGGAAAUACUUUGUUCAACUAUUCACACGUCGGCAUUGCUAAGGCUUCCAAGACCUCUGACGCCUGGAGAGACAAGGUCUACCUAUACCACUUUGAGGAGCCUUCCCCCUUCCCGGGUCCCACUCAAGGCAUCUCAUACCACGGUCUUUGCGCAAUGCUUAUGCAUUUGAAUGAGUUGCCGAAUUGCCCACCACCAACACAAGAGGUUGCCUUGGAGGCUGCUCGAAUCUGGACUGCUUUUGCCCAUGGAAACCAGCCAUGGGAGCCAUUCUCCCAGAAUGGUAGAUUCAUGCGCUUUGGUCCGGAUGGAGAGUCGGGUUUGUACGAUUUUGAAAGCGAUAAGACAAGAGAUUACAAGUUCCAGACAUGGCUGGGUGAGCAUAUAGAUGAGGUCGGAAGCUUCGUGCGGAGACUUGUGUUGAAUCUGGAGAACAACGAGGCCUAG